UAUCGCGUUGUAAUUUCUAUUAUAUCGAUUAGAAUAGGACAAUGAUUAAACUUUUUUCAUUGAAACAGCAAAAGAAAGAUGAAGAGGGUACAGCGAGAGCUGGUGGUUCACAAAAGAAAGCGUCGGCAGCUCAGCUGCGGAUUACAAAAGAUUUGAAUGAGCUGAAUUUGCCCAAGACCUGCAGUACAGAGUUUCCAGAUCAAGAUGAUUUACUCAAUUUUAAACUGAUAAUAUGCCCUGAUGAGGGUUUCUAUCGAGGAGGCAGAUUUGUAUUUAGUUUUAAGGUAGGACCAAACUAUCCUCACGAACCUCCCAAGGUGAAAUGUGAGACGGCCGUAUACCAUCCUAACAUAGACCUUGAAGGAAAUGUCUGCCUCAACAUACUAAGGGAAGACUGGAAACCAGUGCUGACAGUCAACUCCAUAGUGUAUGGGCUGCAAUACUUAUUCCUGGAACCGAAUCCAGAGGACCCACUGAACAAGGAGGCGGCGGACGAGCUGCAGAGUAACAGGCGGUUGUUCGAGCAGCACGUGCAGCGCGCCAUGCGCGGCGGGUACGUCGGCUCCUCAUACUUCGAGCGCUGCCUCAAGUGACCACCAACCAACUCGCAAUACCCUCAACAAAGCAUUUUUUAUUUCUCUAGAAAAUUACAUCACGCUAUAUUAUCACAUAGG